AUGGCGGACGGCGACGCGCCCGGUGCUGCCGCCGCGGCCGCGGCCUCUCCGCAGCCGUCCGCCCCCGGGCCGAGCCCGCCGCCGGGCUGGAGGGAGCGGCUGCGGGCCGGGCUGGUGGGGACGUGGGCCUCGCUGUGGUUCGUGGUGGGGCUGGGGCUGCUGUACGCCCUGAGGGUCCCGCUGCGGCUGUGUGAGAACGUGGCCGCGGUGACAGUAUUUUUAAAUUCACUGACGUCCAAAUUCUAUGUGGCACUUACAGGGACAUGUUCUUUGAUAUCAGGACUAAUAUUUAUAUUUGAAUGGUGGUACUUCCAUAAACAUGGCACAUCUUUUAUUGAGCAAGUAUCUGUAAACCAUUUGCGACCAUUGAUGGGAGGAACAGAAAGAAGCAUGUCAGACCCAGCUUCUCUUUCCAGCAGCAGAGAAGGUGAAACCGGCAGACAGAAUGUGUCAGAAUGCAAAGUAUGGAGAAACCCUUUAAACCUUUUCAGAGGAGCAGAAUAUAGGAGACUCACUUGGGUGACUGGUAAAGAGCCACUUACAUACUAUGACAUGAACUUGUCAGCUCAGGACCAUCAGACCUUUUUCACCUGUGACUCGGACUCUUUACGUCCUUCAGACACAGUUAUGCAGAAGGCAUGGAGGGAAAGAAAUCCUUUAUCUCGAAUUAAAGCAGCCUACCAAGCUUUAGAAUUAAACAAUGACUGUGCCUCUGCAUAUAUUCUAUUGGCUGAGGAAGAAGCAACAACUAUUGUCGACGUUGAGAAGUUAUUUAAGCAGGCACUCAAGGCAGGAGAAACGAUUUAUAGGCGGUCGCAGCAGUGUCAGCACCAAAGUCCUCAGCAUGAAGCCCAACUGAGGAGAGAUACCAAUGUACUGGCUUAUAUUAAAAGAAGAUUGGCAAUGUGUGCAAGAAAAUUAGGAAGAAUAAGAGAAGCAGUAAAAAUAAUGAGAGAUUUGAUGAAAGAAUUUCCUCCUCUUACCAUGUGGAACAUCCAUGAAAAUCUCCUAGAAUCACUUUUAGAAUUACAGGCCUAUGCAGAUGUUCAGGCAGUCCUAGCAAAAUAUGAUGAUAUAAGCCUUCCAAAGUCAGCAGCAAUCUGUUAUACAGCAGCACUGUUGAAGACAAGGACUGUUUCAGAUAAAUUCUCUCCAGAAACAGCCUCCAGAAGAGGGUUAAGCACAGCGGAAAUUAAUGCUGUGGAAGCAAUUCAUAGAGCUGUGGAAUUUAAUCCUCAUGUUCCAAAAUAUUUGCUAGAGAUGAAAAGUCUGAUUUUACCUCCAGAACACAUUCAGAAACGGGGGGACAGUGAAGCAGUUGCCUAUGCUUUCUUUCACCUUCAGCACUGGAAGCGAAUAGAAGGUGCUCUCAAUCUGUUACAGUGCACGUGGGAAGGCACUUUUAGAAUGAUUCCAUACCCAUUAGAGAAAGGCCAUCUAUUUCACCCUUAUCCCAGCUGCACAGAAACUGCUGAUAAGGAGCUAUUACCUACCUUUCAUCAAGUAUCUGUUUACCCAAAGAAGGAGCUUCCUUUUUUCAUCUAUUUCACAGCAGGACUGUGUUCUUCUACAGCAAUGAUAGCUCUUCUCACACACCAGUUUCCUGAAAUCAUGGGUGUUUUUGCUAAAGCUGUGCCUGGUGUUUACUGA